AUGAAAAGCUUGAGGAACGAGGGCGGACUCAGGGAAGCGCUUUCCGGGUUUCCCUUCCUGGGCUGGGACAGCGGCGAGAGGCGAAAAGCUCCGCUUAUUAACGAUAUUUCAAAGUUACGGACAGGUUUGUCAGCCAUCCCAUAAACAGUAGCGAUGUCUCAGUCUGGAGAAAAAGGGAAGUUCCCAGAUACAGCAGGUUAUGUAGGAUUUGCCAACCUCCCCAAUCAAGUGCACCGAAAAUCAGUGAAAAAAGGGUUUGAAUUUACCCUGAUGGUUGUGGGGGAGUCUGGUUUGGGAAAAUCGACACUUAUAAACAGUCUGUUUCUCACUGAUCUCUACCCUGAACGCUACAUCCCUGGUGCCGCCGAGAAGAUUGAGAGGACGGUGCAGAUUGAGGCAUCGACUGUGGAAAUUGAGGAGAGAGGAGUGAAACUUCGUCUUACUGUUGUUGACACCCCUGGAUAUGGCGAUGCCAUCAACAGCCAGGACUGCUUCAAGACCAUCAUCCAGUACAUUGACAAUCAGUUUGAGCGAUACCUCCAUGAUGAGAGUGGGCUGAACCGAAGACACAUAGUGGACAACCGGGUGCACUGCUGCUUCUACUUCAUUUCUCCAUUUGGACACGGUCUAAAGCCUCUGGAUGUGGAGUUUAUGAAGGCCAUCCACAGCAAAGUUAACAUUGUCCCAGUCAUCGCCAAGGCUGACACACUGACACUAAAGGAGAGAGAUCGCCUGAAGAGGAGGAUCCUGGACGAGAUCGCAGAGCAUGGGAUCAAAAUUUAUCAGCUACCUGAUGCUGACUCUGACGAGGAUGAGGAGUUCAAGGAACAGACCAGAGUCCUGAAGGCGAGCAUUCCCUUCGCUGUGAUCGGCUCCAACCAGCUGAUCGAGGUGAAAGGGAAGAAGAUUCGUGGUCGUCUUUACCCCUGGGGAGUAGUAGAGGUGGAGAAUCCUGAGCACAAUGACUUCCUCAAACUACGCACCAUGCUUGUGACCCACAUGCAAGACCUCCAGGAGGUAACUCAGGACCUGCAUUACGAGAACUUCCGCUCGGAGAGACUGAAGAGAGCUGGCAGAGCUGUGGAUGAGGAUGUGGUGGAUAAGGACCAGAUCCUGCUACAAAAAGAGGCUGAGCUGAGACGCAUGCAGGAGAUGAUCGCUCAGAUGCAGGCAAAGAUGAGAAUGCAAUCAGACAAGUAGAAGAGUCGUAGGGAAACACGGUGAUCCUGUCACACACACAUAUCACACAUAUCAGUCCAACGGUUCCUGCAGCCCUGCAGACCUUCCAGGAGCCCAGGAUCUAGUCAUUUUAUCUGCACACCACCACCUCUUCUUCCUCUUCCCUCCAAACAUCCAUCCAUCAGCCGCUCUGGAGCUCCACACUGAUGUUUUUCUGUCUUCAAGACACAUGAAUCACAAAAAUGUUUGAGUACCGGAUGCUUAUUAUUGACAUUUAUCCGUUAUUUCGCCUUCAAUCUUAAUUAUUGUCCACAGAGCUGCCAAUGACAACGGUACUGAGAGUCUUUGCCAUCACGCAACAUGUUUACAAAAAUAUACGUUUGAGUUGUGAGUUUUGUUCAAGCUUCAGGAUGCUCUGUUUUAUUUUGCUGUCCGGUUUGAACAUACUUUAACUUACAAGCAGAAAACUGUUUCCUUCUCAUGUUUCCUAAUUGCUUUUGAGUAAUUCAGUCGCCCAUCAGUGCCUGUUUGCUUCAAGCUGAUAAUGCAAUAACUUCAGAUAUUACUGCAGUGAACGGUACGUGUGCUUAACUGUCUGUGUCCGGGAUGAGGAAGAACUUAUCACAUAUUUGUUACUUAUUUCUUAGCCAACAGUAAAAACUAAUGCCAGACUGCUAGACUUUAGGAUUAAGUCAUAAUUAUUUUUGUAUUUAUCAUCUAGAGCUGAUCUUAAUAAUGUCAGUGCCAAACUACAACUACAAACUGUAAACUCAUCAAAUUAUUCAGUCCUGAAGCUCAUUAUGUGUCGGUAUUUGUUUCAUUGACGUUAUUUAAUGUGUAAAAUGGUCUGUUUGUACACUACAUGUGCAGUUUAUCAUCAUACUCUAAUCGUGCUUUCCCAUUUAACAGUGCAGUACUAUAAUAUUUAACGGUACUUUGUGUAAACUCCCUCCAGCUUUCUGUGAGCAGCAGACUAAACGUCAUACUUAAGUUCAGCACUGCAGUCUAACUGUGCUGACACUGAGGUGCCAUCGGCAUUACUUUGUUUUCGUCUUCUGCUUGCAAAUUUGUCAGUGGAACUUAAGGCGAACGGAAUUAUUUCUUAACCAUGUGUCAGUAAAGCCUUGUUUUUAAGUUGUCAACAUUUUUUGUAUUUCUCUCUGAAAUAAAAUUUGUUUAGAGAACAAAGUUGA